CUCUUUAUAAUCACAGCAGGCUAGCUAAAAUAAAAGUCAAGAUGGCGGCGCACUGGAGCAACGAAAAUGUGUCGGUUGAUUACUUUCGAGAGUCUCAGGCCACAGCGAUGGCGGUGGACAGCACAGGGGAGUUUGCCCUUCUGGCUGGGCGGCGAGGGUUGGACCUCAUCAACCUGGACAAUCCUGGCGUCCACUAUCCCAGGGUCAAGAGGAAGGGCAUGAUGAAAUGGGACAUUAGCGUGGUGGAAUGGAACCCUCACUAUGGCCGACACAAGGAGUUUGUCACAGCGUCCAACCAAGUGGCUGAUCUGUACGCUAAGCGUGAGGGAGAUUGGUUUCAAGAACACUCAUUGAAGGCGCAUACAAGAGCCAUUAGUGAUCUGAACUGGUCGGUGUAUGAGCCAGACUUGCUGGCGACCUGCUCUGUGGAUACAUACAUCUAUCUGUGGGACACCAGGGAACCUAAGAAGCCGUCACUAGCAUUCUCAACAUUCGCUGGAGCUGCCCAAGUGAAGUGGAAUAAGAGAAACAUUAACUACUUAGCCACAGUGCAUGAGGGAGACAUCAGACUGUGGGAUAAAAGGAAAAACAGCCAGGCAGUGCAGUAUAUCUCAGCCAGUCUGAGUAAGAUCCAUGGCUUGGACUGGGAUCCUGGCAGCGAGAACUUCCUGGUAACAGCAAGUCAAGACUGCACAGCAAAGUUCUGGGAUGUCCGUGAUCCUAAAAAGACAAUUUUGGAGCUGAGAACAAACACCCCGCUGUGGAGGGCAAGAUACACGCCCUUUGGUGAUGGUCUAGUCACGGCCACUGUCCCCCAGCUGAGACGUGGGGAGAAGAGUCUACUUCUCUGGAGCCAGUCUAACCCCGUUGGAGCCAUACAUUCCUUCACCGGUCACACGGAUGACGUACUGGACUUCCAGUGGAGAACGCACAAAGAAGGCUCAAAUGAUUUUCAGUUGAUCACAUGGUCCAGGGAUCACAGUUUAAGGAUAUGGCGUGUGGAGCCACAUCUUCAGAAGCUGUGCGGAGUGGACAUCCCAGAGCCAGUCUCGCCCCAGGACCCUCUCAUCAGUAGCUUUGAGCUGGUAGGAACCCCCAAGGAUCCCCAGAUGCCCCUGAAUGGUAUCGGUUCCUCUGGAGGCACCCCUGCCUCUACACCAGGAGCUCUCAACGAACCCCUGGUCGCAAACGGUUCUGGGGGUGUUAUUGGCAGUCCCGAGACCACUACUUCAGUGGGAUUGUUGGCUAGCGGUAGCUAUAGUCAGAAGCCCUCGCUUCUGGAGCAAGAGUUUGCCUCAGUGAAAAUCAACCUUCCUAAUGUCACCAUUCAAAAGAUGGAUGUUGAGGGUCAGUUUUGCACAAUAACAGCAUUCUCCCACCGUCACAUCCUCAUCAUGAAAAUAUUCUUCCCGCCCUCCUACCCAGAGAAGGCCACGCCCAAGCUAGUCUUUCUUCCAGCCACCACACUGGAUAGUACUGUCAAGCAUAAACUCUUAAAGAUUCUAGAAGACACAUGCAUACGUCAAAUGGAGAAUAACAAGCUUUGUCUGGAAGCCUGCCUACAACAACUUUCUGUCAGUAUUGACGGAAUGAAGUUGACAUCAGAGAUUCCAUCAGAGCCCCCUACACCCCCAGCAUCCUCUAGCUACAAGCAGACGUCGUCAUUACCGAGUACUUAUGGCAGCUAUCUGGAUAACCACAUUCCAUUCCCGAGAACAUCAGGAGCAAGAUUCUCUGGCGUCGAUAAGUUGGUUGUAUUUCUUCGACCAGGCACUAUUAAGAAAAGUGGUAGUCAUCACACCACACCAAGGGCCCUGUCAUCUCUGAGCACGCUCAACUUGUUAAAGCCAUUACCCAUAGGGCCAGGCCCUAGCAGCCAAUCGCCAGAGGUCUUGCCAUCACUAUUGCGCAACUUCUACAAAGAGAGGGAAAAGAAACAGCGCCGGAUCGGUAAGCAUCGCAAGAAGACCUUUGGUUCUGACCCCUCACUGCCUUCCAAAUCCUCCACCACUACUGGUAGUGCCACGGCUAGCAGCCUUGUUGUUCUGUACAGCGCAGUGGGUCUGACACCGGUACACCAAGAACUGGCCAAGAAAUACCAGUUUAUAAGACACAACAUUCCCCUGAUGUGCACCUUGAAUGCUGAAGCAGCCGCCUCCGUUGGAAGGACAGACCUUGUGCAGGUGUGGUCUUUAGCUGCACUAUCCAAUAGCAGUGAGUUGCAGCCUGACUCUGAUGCCGACGGGGAAACGCCGUGGGCCCAACAUCCAUUUGGGCGACAGCUGCUACAAACAUUAUUUGACCAUUAUAGUAGCCUGCAUGACGUCCAGACUCUGGCCAUGCUCAGCUGUGCUUUCGGUUCCAUCUCAAUCCAACCCAGUCUGCCAGCUGGAGGCAGCAGCCAAUCACAGGACGUCAAAAGUUAUCUUGUGACAGACAGCUCAGAUCCAAUCUUCACCAAGGAAUGGUCCAAUGAAAAGUCGACCCAGGGGAUGAGUUUCUCAGAGUCGCCUGACGAUUAUCGCUUCGGUGAGAACAGAGACCCGGAACAGAUUGAGAAAGAGCAACACCGUCUCAGCACAAGACUGUUGGAGCCUUGUCUAACUGCCCAGUUUGAUGCCUUCAAGAGGAGCUAUGCUGACAUCCUGUAUCGAUGGAGACUUCUCAAUGAAAGAGCCCAGGUUCUCAACUAUGUGUCUUGCCCAUCUCAUACUAAAAUCGACCUCUCCUUUUCUGAUUUUGGAGUGAUAUGCCAGAAAUGCAACAAGCGAUCCUACAAGGUGCAGUGUGAACACUGUCGGAGUUACAGCUUCCAAUGUGCAAUAUGCCACACGGCUGUCAAAGGGUCCUCAAGUUUUUGUCUGGCGUGCGGUCACGGUGGGCAUACCAGCCACAUGCUACAGUGGUUCAAGACAGAAGACGUUUGCCCAACAGGCUGUGGCUGCCAAUGUCAGGCAAAUACCAAGCUAGUGUGUGAGAAGAGUCCACUGUCCACGGAUCCAGUAGUUACUAGGUGACGACUCACGUCCAAAAAGGAAAAUGCUGAGUAGAUGAGGAGGCCAUUCAAUGCACCAAGAUUUAUUUUCUACAGACACUCAGCGAAAUCAUCAGUCCCUUUUUUAAUAAUGUGGUGCUUAUGUAGCACUUCAUACCAAAAUGUUAAAGCUAGAGUCCAUCAUUUGCAGCCAUCCGAAAGUAACUGGCGUAAUUAUUGUUGAAAA